UCCCACCGGGGUGCCCUGGAACUUGUGGGACCCCACAGGCUCCCAGCUAGAGGGCGAAUUUGCCCCAGGAUGCCUCACACCUUGAAUCUCACCAAAGCCUGAUUUGGAUGGGAUUCAGAUGAGACUUUGGACUUGGAUUUUGCAGCUGAUGCCGGAUGCAGGUCUGCAUAAACUCUGGCUCAAGCAUCAGGAUUUUGAAGGUAGCCUGAGGGAACCCUUGACACUGGGGCUGCCUGGCCUGUUACUUCUGGGCUGGAAGGCUCAGGUAAUCCCUCCAAGUAACUCAGCCUUGUAUGGCUAACAUGUAGAGAACAAAACAGAAUUUGCUUUGAUGUAAAUUAGGAUUGCUCUACAGGAAAUCAGAGAAAUCAGUGCUGCGCUGGAUGGAAGCGGGGGACGAGGAGGCAGAAGCAGCAGUCACAGGAAGGCACCGGAAACGUCUCUGACCUGCUUAGACUUCCUCUCUGAGCCAUUGUGGUUUCACAACCCCGGCAAGGCACAGCCCCUCCCCCGACCCAGUGUCACCCGGCCUGGCGCUUCUGUGGGAAAGUGCCACACUAGAGGCCCCAGGACAUUGUCAUUUCCCUCUUCCUUCCCCUGCCUAGGCUGCCGGCAAACCCCAAGGGCCCCUGAGCCUGCCACCGGGGCCGCGGCUCCCUCCAGCCCCUGCAAGAUGGAGAAUUCUUGUGUCGCGGCGGUGGUGAUGAGGCUGCUGCUGUCUGGGCUCUGUCUCUUUGCACCGGCCUGGAGCUACAACUUGGAUGUGCACCACGUGCUAAGCUUCUCCACCCCACACGCCGGGAGGCACUUUGGGUACCGGGUCCUGCAGGUUGGAAACGGGGUUGUCGUGGGCGCUCCGGGCGAGGGGAACAGCACAGGAAACCUCUACGAGUGCCUGCCGGGCACUGGACACUGCCUACCGGUCAGCCUGGGCGGUUCCAACUACACCUCCAAGUACUUGGGGAUGACCUUGGUGACAGACCCCACAGCCGGAGGCCUUUUGGCCUGUGACCCUGGGCUGUCUCGGACGUGUGACCAGAACACCUAUCUGAGUGGCCUGUGCUACCUCUUCCGCCAGGACCUAAGGGGUCCAGUGUUGCAAGGGCGUCCUGGAUAUCAGGAGUGCAUAAAGGGCAACGUGGACCUGGUGUUUCUGUUCGAUGGCUCGGGCAGUUUGCAGCAGAACGAAUUUCAGAAGAUUCUGGAGUUCAUGAAGGACGUGAUGAAGAAGCUUGGCAACUCCUCCUACCAGUUUGCUGCUGUUCAGUUUUCCUCAACCUUCAAGACAGAAUUUAAUUUCCUGGAUUAUGUUCAAGUGAGGGACCCAGACAUUCUGCUGGCCCACGUGGAACACAUGCGACUGCUGACCAACACCUUCGGUGCCAUCAACUACGUUGCGACAGAGGUGUUUCGGCCAGAGCUGGGGGCCCGGCCAGACGCCACCAAGGUGCUCAUUAUCAUCACAGAUGGGGAAGCCACUGACAAAGGCAGCAUCGAGGCCGCCCAGGACAUCAUCCGCUACAUCAUUGGGAUCGGCAGGCACUUCCGAACCAAGGAGAGCCAGGAGACGCUCCACAAGUUCGCCUCCAAGCCCACGGAGGAGUUUGUGAAGAUCAUGGACACAUUCGAGAAGCUCAAGGAUCUGUUCACCGAGCUGCAGAGGAAGAUCUACGUCAUCGAGGGCACAAGCAAGCAAGACCUGACUUCCUUCAAUAUGGAGCUGUCUUCCAGCGGGAUCAGCGCUGACCUCAGCAGGGGCCAUGCAGCCGUGGGGGCGGUUGGAGCCAAGGACUGGGCUGGGGGCUUUCUCGACCUGAAGGAAGACUUCCAGGAUGCUACGUUUGUUGGCAAUGCACCUCUGACCCCAGAAGCAAAAUCAGGAUAUUUGGGUUACACAGUGACCUGGCUGCCCUCCCAGGGACACACAUCGCUGCUGGCGGCUGGAGCCCCCCGAUACCAGCAUGUGGGGCAGGUGCUGCUCUUUCAAAAGCAAGAGGGUGGAGGACCCUGGAGCCAGGUCCAGAAAAUAGACGGGACCCAGAUCGGCUCUUAUUUUGGUGGGGAGCUCUGUGGCAUUGACACGGACCAAGACGGGGAGACAGAGCUGCUGCUGGUGGGGGCCCCGCUCUUCUACGGGGAGCAGAGAGGAGGCCGCGUGUUCCUCUACCAGAGGAAGCAGCUGGGGUUCGAGAUGGUCUCAGAGCUGCACGGAGAUCCCGGCUACCCACUUGGGCGGUUUGGAGCAGCCAUUACCGCCCUGGCGGACCUCAACGGAGACGCGCUGACGGACGUGGCCGUGGGAGCCCCCCUGGAGGGGCAGGGGGCUGUGUACAUCUUCAGUGGGCAGCAGGGUGGGCUCAGCCCGCAGCCCAGUCAGCGCAUAGACGGGACCAAGGUGUUCUCAGGAAUUCGGUGGUUCGGACGCUCCAUCCACGGGGUGAAAGACCUCGGAGGCGACGGCCUGGCCGAUGUGGCUGUGGGGGCCGAGGGCCAGGUGUUGGUGCUCAGCUCCCGGCCCGUGGUGGAUAUCAUCACCCUGAUGCGCUUCUCCCCGCCCGAGAUCCCGGUGCACGAGGUGGAAUGCUCCUACUCAGCCAAUCACAAGAAGAAGGAAGGCGUUAACAUCACAGUCUGUUUCCAGGUCAAGUCCCUCACCUCUCACUUCCAAGGUCCUCUGGUGGCCAACCUCAUGUACACCCUGCAGUUGGAUGGCCAUCGGACCAGGAGCCGGGGGCUGUUCCCAGGAGGGAGACAUGAGCUCAGCGGAAACACAACUGUCACACAAGUCCAGUCCUGCACUGACUUCUGGUUUCACUUUCCGGUAUGCAUCCAAGACCUCAUCUCCCCCAUCAAUGUCUCCUUGAACUUCUCUCUUUGGGAGGAAGACGGGACAUCCAGGGACCAAAGGAUGGGCAAGGACAGGCAGCCCAUCCUGAGACCCUUGCCGCACUCAGAGACCAAGGAGAUCCCUUUUGAGAAGAACUGCGGGGAGGAUAAGAAAUGCGAGGCCAACCUGGGGCUGUCCUUCUCCACCGCCAGGUCCAGCGUCCUGCGCCUGACGCCCUCGGCCAGCCUCUCGGUGGAGCUGACCCUGAGGAACCCCGGAGAGGAUGCGUACUGGGUGCAGCUGGACCUGCGCUUCCCCCAGGGGCUUUCCUUCCGCAAGGUGGAGGCGCUCCAGCCGCACAGCCAGAUACCUGUGAGCUGCGAGGAGCUCCCGGGGGAGCCCGAGCUCCUGACCAAGACCCUGUCUUGCAACGUGAGCUCUCCCAUCUUUAGAGCGGGCAGCUCGGUUGUCAUCCAGGUAAUGUUCAACACGCUGCUCAACAGCUCCUGGGAAGACCUGGUGGAGCUGCACGCCCAAGUGAAAUGUCACAACGAGGACUCGAGCCUCCUGGAGGAUAACUCGGCCACAACCAGCAUCCCAGUGCUGUACCCCAUCAACAUCCUCAUCGAGGAGCAGGAAAACUCCACGCUCUAUGUCAGUUUCACUCCCAAAGGCCCCAAGAUCCGUCAUGUCAAGCACACAUACCAGGUGCGGGUCCCGCCCUCCCUGCACCAGCACAGCAUGCCCAUACUGGAGGCCCUGGUCGGGGUGCCGGUGCCCCACGGCGAGGAACCCAUUACGUACAAGUGGUCUGUGCAGACGGAGCCUCCUGUCACUUGCCAGCGUGAGGAUCUGAAGAGGGUGCCCAGCGCGGCUCAGCCCUGUCUCCCCAGAGCCCAGUUUCGCUGCCCGUUCAUCUUCAAGCAGGAGCUGCUGGUCGAAGUGCUCGGGACUGUGGAGCUGGUGGGCGAAAUUGAGGCUUCCUCCAUGUGGCACCUCUGCAGCUCCCUCUCCAUCUCCUUUAACAGCAGCAAACAUUUCCACCUCUACGGCAGUAACUCCUCAGUGGCCCAGGUCCUCAUGAAGGUGGACGUGGUGUUCGAGAAGGAGAUGGUCUACCUGUACGUGCUGAGCGGCGUCGGGGGGCUGCUGCUGCUGCUACUGAUCUUCCUGGCGCUCUACAAGGUGGGCUUCUUCAAGCGGAACCUGAAGGAGAAGAUGGAGGCCGACGGCGGCAGCAUCCCGAAUGGAGUCCCGGGAGAAGGCGCGGGAGGAGGCACCACCGCUGACUGCCUGGAGCCCCUGCAGGGCACGGAAGCCAAGGAAGGAGAGGACAAGGACUGAGUGCGCCCAGCACGGGACCGCCCCGGCCUCCGUCUCCGUGUCUUGGCCGAGUAACACUGCCUGUCCUCAGGCCUCAGUUUCCCCGUCUUGAGCGUGGAAGCGUCUCCUGCUAGAAACUGCUGAGGGACGGGCCAGGAAGGCAGGCUCCGCGCCCAGGCCUUGGUCCCCGCUGCCACAGCCUCUGCGGCUCCUCCUCCGGGGUGAGAAGCCGCAGUCGCAGGAAACCCAGGGCCGCUCCGGGCCCUCACACCUGGCCCUAGCGACCACAGAUGCUCUGACUGCCCUAUCUCUGGCCCGGAGCCCAGUCCGCAGCCAGGGAGCUCUUCCCACCCGUGUCCCUGCCUCGCUGCAGGCGCCUGGCUCUUUGGCCGAGAUUCUUACUCCAGCUCGCUCCCGUCUUGCUACGCACGCCCAGCCGGCUGCCUCUGCCCAGAACGUUCUACCCAGCUCCCUCCCUGGCUCGCUGUCAGCUCGCAGCAGCCGCCAGCCUGGCUCAGUCGGGCUCCCACGUGUGCACCUGCUCCCGCAGCCCGCCCUUGUCCCUCAUUGCGCCGGUCACAGUUGCUACUUAAGGGGACCCCCGUGAGGGCGGGGACCGGGGCCCUGUCUUGUUCACCUUGUGGUCCUUGGUGAUGUCACAGGGCUGGGCACACAGUAGGUGCUUCACAGUGCCAUGGAAUUAAUGACUGAGCGUGGGGAGAUGUGGAAGUCUGAGCAGCCCCAGGGUAUCCCCAGCCUUCAAGGCUCUGCCCUCCCAGGCUCUGCUCCGCCCCUGGCCCCACACCAUGCCUGCAGGCAUACGUUCAAGAAAUGUGAGCCCCUGGCCAGUUUUGCGGUUUCAUGCUGGUGCCGUUCCAGCCCGGGCCUCCAAGCUGGGAGCGCUUUGUUCUCCACCCGUUCACGCAAUGGGCCCAGGCCUGUGGGCUCUCCUCCCUUGCUUUCCUCCUGCACCUGAUAUUGUAGGGUAAUUCAACAGAGAAGCAGGGAGGGGUGAGCGUUAAAGAUGCCCACAUCCCAUAGCUGAGUCCCUUGGUUCAAUUGCUGGCUCCGGCUCCUGACCCCAGCUCUCUGGGAGGCAGCGCUGAUAACUCACCACUGGCAGAGUAACUGAGUUCCAGCCACCCGUGCGGGAGACCUGGGUCCCAUGCACUGUCCUGGCCCAGUCCCCAGUCACUUGGGGCAUGUGGAGAGUGAUGGAAGACUUCUAUGUCUUUCCGCCUCUCAAGUUAAUUUUUAAAGGGGGUGGGGAUGAGAGAGACACAGAACUGGAGAAAAGGUUAGAGGGUAUUGGAUAAUUCGUGAACAUGGGAGUCUAGGCCAUCCCCACCAGUUUUAAGUAAUGAUUGAAGGAAUCUUCAUCCACCCUGUAGAAGGGACAGAGUGACCAGUCGCUGCUGCCCCCUUGUGGUCAGUAGGAGUCCCAGGGAAUUGUGAGAGACCAGCUCCUGGUCUAGCGCUAGGAAGCGAGAAAACUGAGAAAGGCAGGCUGGGCAGGAGGUGAGAAGCAGCUCUGUGUCCCCCUCCCCUGCUUUGAUGGUCCCCUGCUGCCUACAGGGGAGUGGCUAAACUUUCCUGAGCCUGGCACACACCACUCAAAACAGCCUCAUCAGCCACUCUGGGAAGAAAAUAGUAAACGGGGCUGGCGAUAUGGCGCAGUGGGUUAGGCUGCCACCUGCAGUGUCAGCAUCCCAUAUGACCACCGGUUCAAGUCCCAGCUGCUCCACUUCCAACCCUGCUCCCUGCUAAUGUGCCUGGGAAAGCAGUGGAAGAUGAUCCAAGUGCUAGGGCCCCUGCACCCACAUGAGAAACCCAGAUGAGGCUCCUCGCUCCUGGCUUUGGCCUCGCCCAGCCUCAGCAGUCGAGGCCAUUUGGGGAGUGAACCAGCGGAUGGGAGAGUGUGCGUGUGUGUGUGUCUCCCUCUUUCUGUAAAUCUGCCCUUCAAAUAAAAUAAUAAUUUAAAAAAGGGUC